GUUGUGACGGCGAAACGUCGUCUCCGGGUUCGCGAAAACUCCAACAGCAUCGAAACAGUUAAUGGUAGUUAGCGACAGUUGCUCUGACAAACCCUUCAAGGAGUAACAAGUGUUUACUGUUCGGACAUUUUACUUAUAGCUUGCGGGAGUUUGUUUUUAAACGUCAAAACUCAAACUUUGUUGAAGUGAUUAUCGGCUCAUUUUGGAAUUAGUAUAUAUAUUUUUUUGUUGAAAAUUAAGUUUAACGUCUUUUGAGGAACUUUAAAGCUCAGUCCGGAGGCCAUGACGAUUAUCUGAAAUGCGCUAAAGCGGAACACCAGAUCGGAUCAUCAGGAUGACAGAACCAGCGGAGCAGACCCAUCACCUGAAAAGUUCGGGCAGCCCAUCAGGUGGGAGCAGCGGAGGCGCGUUGGAGCAUCUCCCAGCCCGGAGCCGUGGAGGUCCAGAUAACGGCGACAGGGGGCGACAGAGAUACCAAAAACAGCAACAGCGGGCGGGGAACUGUGGGGAUAUCAACACAGACAAGUUAUGGCAAAUGAAAGGCGGACAGAGGGGGGUGUGCCCUGCCUUAGCAGCCGGAAACGAUGUCCCUAAGUGCCCGAUUGCAGCUCAGACUCAUCAGAAAUCCGAUGUUCGUGCAGCGGGGGAAGACCAUCACAUCUCACAGGGGAAAAACGGCCAGGACAGACCGCUUGAAGAGACUUUAAACCAAGUACAGGGUGAGAGUUUGCUCAUUGACUCCGACACUGGCUUUGAGGCACGUCAGGGUAAGAGAAGGCACAGGCGCAGAACCUCGAAGAAGAAGCGCAACUGGAAGCCGUAUUACAAACUUUCCUGGGAGGAGAGGAAAGCCCUGGAGGAGAAGGAGACGGCCAGGGCUUCCAGACUGAGGGAGGAGAUGUUCGCAAAAGGACUCCCAGUGGCCCCAUACAACACCACCCAGUUCCUGAUGGACGAGCACGACCGAGAGGAGCCCGACCUCAACACAGAGACUGGGGUCAGGAGACCUUCAGGGGUCGGUGUCCGCAUGGAGGACACUGGCAGCGAGGAGGACUUGUUCGACAACGAGGAGGAGGACGAGGAUGACGGCAGCGGAGGUGGUAGCGACGGUAUCGGGAGAGCCGGGAACGCAGGUGGGGAGUUUCUUCAGAGGGACUUUUCCGAGACCUACGAAAUGUACCACGUCGAGAGCCUGCAGAAUAUGACCAAGCAGGAGCUGGUGCAAGAGUACCUUGAGCUGGAGAAGUGCAUGUCCCGGCUGGAGGAGGAGAACAACCGGCUGAGGAACGCCGUGGAGCCAGGAGGACCGGCCGUGGAGAGCUCCCUGCUCCGGCUCAGAGAGCUGGAGAGGGAACUGGAGAGACUGAGGGCCCAAAACACGGAGCUCCUCCUGCAGAACCAGGACAGGGACCCGGUUCCUACCAAUUAAAAGGACCCGAUUUCAGUCAGGAAAACCAUCUGAAAAAAAGGUAACACAUGGGACUGCUGCAUUGUUAAAAAAUUGUCAUCAGUGUUCUGUAAACAGUCUUUCAUCUGGACGGAUGAGUCCUUGCAUUGCAAUGCAAUACUUGACGUUUCUUUUCUAUUUGGACUAAAAUGAUGUCCUGUUAAUUUUUUUAAGAAGAAAAAUGUUAAUAUUUCAAAUAAGAUUCGUUUUUAUAAAGAGAAUGUAUUUGAUAAGGCGAGUUGUUUUGUUUUCCCGGGUCAACUUAUCAUUUGACAUUUGUUCCGUUUUUGAAUUCAAGGCAAACAUGUGUAUCAUUUCCAACAUUAAAUAUUUGAAUACUGCUGAUCGGGCAAGCUGUGCAAAGAUUGUUUUUGCAGAAGAAAAAAAAAUCAAUCCCGUGUGAACAUUUUAACAGUUGUGUGUUAACAUAAGUUCAAAUAAUAAUAAUAAAAAAAAAAAAAAAUCAAAUUCUGAAGUCAUGUUGUAAAGCGUGAUCUGAAACACAAGAAACUCCAUCUUCAUACUGGAACCUACUGUACACAGCUCCUUUUUUUUUCCAGCGCUAAAUAUCCAGUAAGGUAUUCAUGUGAGGAUCCAGAAAUGGGCCGGACAGAGGACAACAGUGGGCUCUGAACAGGAAAAACAUUUAACCAGAGCAGAAGGAGGGGGAUGGGAUAUGAUGGAGAUGCUCUUUAUGAAGGUUAAGCCACUCUGCCUAAUAUCCAGUUGGGUGUUUUAGCCAUGCAGAAUGCAAAAGGGAAUAUUUCCCUCUAUUGAAGAACAUUCUGUUUACAAGAAAGGUGCUGCUAAUGACUACAGCAAUCUCCAUAGUGAUUACCAAAAGCUCUAUAUUUAGGGGAAAACAUAUUCUCAGCUCAUUUUAAUUGAAGGCAUAAAUAAUGAACUAUCGCUUUUAAAAUAAGAGUGCAGACUCGGUAGUUUUGACAAAGUUUCCCUGAUGUGCAGAAGAAAUCUGUGCCAGAAGGCCUGAAGACACCUUAUCCAUGUGCAGCCUACAGAUGGCGCCAUUCAGCAUGUAUUUGGAGCUGUCUGACCAUCCCAUAGACUAAGCAUGAAGGUCCAUCCUCCUGUGCAUAUCUAAAAACCAUCACAAACACACGAGCACAUUUUUAAACAUAGUUCUGUUUAUUUACAUUUUAUAAACUUGCUUUAAAGCACACAGCCAUGAGGGAAAUCGUUUCAGGUGGACAAUCUUUAAAGUCCAGUCAUUUCAUAUUAGUUAUACUCAAAAAGCAACUCCAAAUGUACACAAUACAGUAUGUUACAUAUUAAGAAAGUAUGUACAAAACUGUGUCUUUAAAAUCUAACAAUGAGACAUUAGGUGGAUCACAUUUCAGACGUUUUGAGUUUUCCUCUUGAAGUCCGUUUUAAGAAAAUAUAGUCUGACGUGAGCUGAUGCAGUGUUAGGGAAGGGCUUGUCAGAUGUACCAUAUUCACACACUGUGGAUCACCAGGCAGACAGAGACGGCCUCUUAAGAGGAAAACUACGCUUCUGUUAAUGCCUGGGUUAGAGGCAAAGCGAGUGCAUAGUUGUGUCCUUGGCUUAAAGUGUGCUCUCUUUAAAAGACAAAAUCCGUACAGCCUCUUAAGUUAGACCUUUUGUAUUUUAAUGUACACUUCUUUGGGUCAGUGCCUUACUUUUGACCACAGGGGAGGAGGGGGAGGAGACCCAGAGACAACAAAAGGGAACGGAAAGAUAAGAACUGACAUGAGCAUGGCACUGCAGAACAAAAACACAUUCCAGAAAUCAGGCACUUGUAGAACAAAUCUUGAGGUAUGCUAAGACCAUCAUCUAUCAUAAUUAUUAUUCAUUUGUUUUGCACUGGUUGGUUUUUCAAUGUGAGUCUCUCAUGACUUUACACUCCUGAUGACAAAAGGUUCUAACAGUCAGUAUGAGAGACGAGAAACAAUAGAUGAGAAGUUAGCAUUCUGCUGUCAUUUCCUCUUACAAAAUGUACCAUUUCCUCAGUCAGAGAGGAUUUAUUAGAGCCUGACCUUAUGGAAAUCUCCUCGUCACAUUAACCCCGAGGUAAUAAAACGUGCAGACAGAUGAACUCCCAGAGGUGAUGUGGUGAAAACACACAGGUUACAACAGACACAGGUGAAGAUGAAGCCUUUUGUAUGCACUACUCAAUCAUUAAAUAGUCUUCAGAACACUGCUAAGCUUUUUUCCUCAUUCUGUGACAAAAAAAAAAAAACACACACUUUGUCCUCAGCUCAGAUCUGUGGAAGCGACACUCAAUAAUCCAUGGCAUGAAUUACAAAACAAACAAGGUCAGCCAUCACAGUGUGGCGCUGAGCUGCCCAAUUAUUUCAUGUAAAAAUGACCAGAUUACAUUUCUUCUCCUGCUACAUGGAGUUUGAGAUGUCGGUGUAACAUCGGUGGGAGUUUCUGAGGAGAUAAAGGUUUCCUGCACAGUGCUGAGAAUCAGAGAGAAAGGCCGUCACUGAGGAAAUUAGGAAACAGGUAACGCCUCGCUUAGGUCGUCUCCUUUUGAACAGGUACAUCAAAGAGGGGAAGUCACAAUAAAAGUACUUUUUUUUACUUUAAUACAAAAUAUAUAUAUAAUAUAUAUACUGAAUAUAAAACAAAACAACACAAAAUAAUAUAUUAAGUAAAAACAUUUCAAGUAACAUCUUGAAACAAAUGACUGUGCACUUGUAUGCGCUUUUUGUAAACCAUAGAAAACUAAAAAAAAAAGAAAAAAAACAUAAAAACAAA